AUGAAGGAUACUUUCUUCCCUGCUUUAUUAAUUCUGUUGGCCGUUCUCACCUUGCAGGUAGAGAGCAGGAGGAGAACUCAGAGACCAGUAAUAAGGGGUAUCCCACCGGCAGUCGAUAGGAAUUUCAAAAAAUCAGGAGCGACCUUGGGAAAGGGAGGAGCCAUCGGACCUCCGGGACCUAGAGGACCCGCCGGCCCACGAGGACCUAAAGGAGCUAACGUCAGCAAAGAAGAAAUGUUUGAGGAAUUCAGGACUAUGAUUAGUGAACUGGCUGCAAGAAAACUGAUCAUCUCCGCAGACCCCAGGUGUACGGAGCUGUGCGUGUCCAACCUGGAGGGCAACGAGACGGGUCCCGUGGUGCAGAGGCCCCUCUUCGAACAACAUGACCUCCUGGUGCCCAAACUGAUCACCACCUUCAUGUGGGAGCUCAAGGAUGAUCAAUCAGUCCCUAGGAAUUCUGUCUCAGAACUAGAAAUCUUCGUACCGUCGUCUCGCACUGGCGGUUACGAACGUGGCAUGGGUGAUUCCCGUUCGACAUCCGGUCGCUUCGUGGUCCAGAGAACCGGAUUCUACACUUUCUUCAUCCGGGUCCAUCUCCACCUACCCGGACAGGAGGAGGCACAACAACCACCCACGUCUUCGGAGCUUUUUUCAGUCCUGCUCUGCAUCGAAGCACUUUGCAGAGAAAACAUGAACUUAGAAGCUAUAUCAGGUUUUGGUCCAGGACAGAGAACAACUGUUUCUAUCAACGGAAUGCUCCAUUUGGAAGUAAGCCAAUACGUGUCAGUCUUCAUCGACAACGCCUCCAAGUACUCCUUCCACGUAUUUGAAGGAUCGCAGUUUAGUGGGUAUUUGACCGGCGUGUAG